UCUUUAAUUUAUUAGGAGCAUAUACAUUCACUCACUUACACCUUUAUGGAUGAAUUUCCAAGUUCCAUGAAUAAUUUCAUGUUUUACCAGAACUCAAUGCCAACUUCAGGUCAGAAUAUCCUUGUUACUGAAUCUGAUCAACACAAUCAUGAAUUCAGUGAUCCCAGUUUCUUUCCAUCCAAUCCAAACCCUCCUUCUCGUGAUGAUUCAUCUUCAUCUUUGGGUUUGAGCUCACAGGGGGAGUAUUACUCUCCCUCUAUUGCUACUCUCCAAUACAUAAGUCAGAUGCUUAUGGAAGAAGACUUGGAGAACAAACCCUGCAUGCUUCAGGACUGUUUGGCCCUCCAAGCCGCUGAGAAAUCCUUACAUGAUGUCCUAGUUCAGCAAUAUCCUUCUUCGACUAAUCACCUUCUCACUUCUUCCACUCAGCAAAAUGUUGAGAUAUCUGAUGAUUUCAUUAACCACAGAAGUAAUAGCUCCACUGCUGCUAGGAACUGGGAUGAUGGCUCAGGUUGGAUUUCUUUUCAAAAUGUUCUAGAAUCCUCUCCUGUGGAAAAUGAUACCCUUUUGGUUCCAAAACCUUUUUCCUCAAAUGGAAAGGGUGAAAUCAUAAAUCUAGAAAGGGACCCAUCAUUUCUCAUACAGCCAAGGGAGCUGGCUGAGGAUGGGAAUGACUCAACAAACGGAUCAAGGAGCAAGAAAGAUCGUCAGUGGGAGGAUGGUGAUUAUCAAGAAGGGAGGAGCAACAAGCAGACAGCAUUUUACGCAGCUGAAUCUGAGCCACCAGAGAUGUUAGAUAAGGUACUGCUCUAUCAGUAUCAAAACUCAUGUUGUUCUCUUCAGGAAUCUGAUCAGCUUAAAAAGGGAAGUGGACUUAGAGGAUCCAAAGGCAAAAGAACAGGAAAUAAAAAAAUGGAUGACAACAGAGCAGUGGUGGAUUUUCAGACACUUCUAACCCAAUGUGCAAAAGCUGUUGCAGGCUAUGACAUAAGGACUGCAAAGGAACAACUCAAGCUGAUAAGGCAGCACUCAUCUCCCCAUGGUGAUGGAACCCAACGAUUAGCUCAUUACUUCGCCAAUGGCCUGGAAGAACGCUUGAUCGCUGCGGUUCCCUUGUACAAUCCCGUUUCCCUUUUCAGUUAUAAGAUUUCAGCUGCUGAUGUCUUAAAAGCUUACCAGACUUAUAUCAAAGCAUGCCCUUUCAAGCUGAUGUCAAAUAUCUACGCUAACAAAACUAUUUUCAAACUAGCAGAGAAAGUAACGAGGCUUCACAUAAUCGAUUUUGGUAUUCUCUAUGGCUACCAAUGGCCUUGCCUUAUCCAGAUGCUUGCAGAAAGACCCUCCGGACCUCCCAUGCUUCAUAUUACUGGUAUUGAAUUUCCCCAAUCAGGAUUUCGACCUUCAGGGAGGCUUGAAGAGACGGGGAACCGCCUAGCGAAAUACUGCAAGAGAUUCAAUGUCCCGUUUGAGUACAAUUUUAUAGCACAGAGUUGGGAAACCAUUCAAUAUGGAGAUAUCAAACUUGACAGAGAUGAGUUGACUGUAGUGAACUGCUUGUACAGGUUAAAGAACAUACCUGAUGAAACAGUAAUCAACAGUCCAAGGGAUACAGUUUUGAAGCUUAUCAGAAGAAUCAACCCAGAUAUCUUCAUUCAUGGAGUGGUUAAUGGAGCCUACAAUGCACCCUUCUUCGACAUACGGUUCCGGGAGGCGCUCUACUAUUUCUCUUCUUUGUUUGAUAUGUUUGAGGAGACUUUGCCCAGAGAAGAUCAACAGAGGUUGCUCUAUGAACAGGCAAUAUUUGGUAGAGAUAUUAUCAAUGUGAUAGCAUGUGAGGGUUCCAGGAGGCUUGAAAGGCCUGAAACAUACAAGCAGUGGCAGAUAAGAAACACUAGAGCUGGGUUCAAGCAGUUACCAUUACACCAGGAGAUCCUGGAGGAAGUUAAGUGUAUGGUAAGGUUAGAUUACCAUCAGGACUUUGUUGUCGAUGAAGAUGGCAAGUGGCUCUUGCAGGGAUGGAAAGGCCGAAUAAUACAUGCUAUUUCUUGCUGGAAAUCUGCUUGAUUUUUAGCAAUUUUAUAUGUUUCAAUGUAACAACUACUAUCUAGUCAUUGAUGUUUGGUUUAUUUGUCGA